CUGUGUUACAGAUCUUCGACACCAUCAUGGAUAAGUGUGGUCUCCAUUGUGAGGGGGCCGCAGCCAUGGAGCCGAUGAAGCUGAACGCACACAAACAGCCCACUUCCAUGACCAUGUGCCAGCAGGAUCUGGUAGAUCUUGUUCUAUACCUGUGUGACUCCACCACCACCAUCCAUGCCUUCCUGGACAUCUUCCCUGCCGCCUGCUCCAGCUUCCACUCCCACGGCUUCCUCAGCAGACUGGUCUCGUUUUAUGAGAGCGCUGUGCCCGACCUGGAGAAGGCGGUGAGGAAGAGAAACUUUGAUGCUACAGGUCUUCAGGAGGACUUGUGGAAAAGGCUGUCUCACUCCUGUCGUAAGAUAGUGGAGAUGGCCCAGCUGCUGCUGCAUCACACCUGCCUGCAGCCCAUCCUGGAGGGGGGCGAAAACAUGCAAUCAUGUGCAGAGGAGCUGCUACAACAUUUCACAUCUUUUUUACCUGAGAAAAGGUUCUUGUCAGACUUUGAUGAGCAGUUCCCCAUCGCAGACUACAUCAGCCUCCUACAACAAGCCCUCCCUGUCAUAGAUGAGACCCGGACCUCCUACCUGCUGCAGGGGGUGCAGAGCGCCUGGGACUCAGUGGGCCACCGGAGGCCACACAGCAACAGUCAGUAUCAGGGAGCAGCGGGCGGUGCUGCUGAGGCCCGAGAGCCAGAGAGAGGGGGGGAGGGCCUGAGGGGGGCCGAGGCCAUGGUGGACGCUCCCCGAAAAGAGAACAAUGUUGGAGCGGUGUGUGCGGUGAGCGAGGCGGAGCAGGAGUCUCUGCUGACCUGCAUCAGGGGACCUGCUGCCGGACCUGCGCGAGGCUUCCUGCUGGCCCUGCCUCAAGGAGUACCAAUACAACUCUGGAGCCUGGUCAUCAACAACAUCCUGAGGACGGCCUGCCCCCAGCCUGGACCAGGCUGGACCGGAGCCAUGCCCAGGCCAGUGGUGGAGCCGCUUCCAGAUGUGCUGAACGUCAGAUCCAACGUGUUCGAUGAUGACGAGUUUGACGUUUUCCGCAGAGACCAGGUGGACAUGUCCCGCAUCUGGAAAGGCAGGAGGAAAGGGGAGAGCGCCAAAGAGUUGCUGAACGACAAGCAGCACAUAGCGGAGCAGAAAGCUCGCUACCUGUCCUACGAGACGGUGGUGGACGAGGUGGUCCUGGAGCCUGGAGAGAGCCCCGAGGCGUACAGCCUGGAUGACUACGACGACGAGUACGACGACACCUACGACAUGGGCCAAGUGGGAGCCAACGACACGGACGGAGACAGUCUGCUGAGCAGGAGGCCUUUCACUGUCCCACAAAUCCUCAGAAAAGGACACAAACCAGAAUUUGAGGAGGAGGAGGAAGAGGAGGAAGAACCACUACAGAACAACGUAAACAGGGACCAGUUUGUGCAGGACCCGGCUCUGCUGAGAGAGCGGGCCGAGGCUCGAAGAGCUGACAUGCAUCAGAAGAAAGGUUUCCGGCCGGAGCCGCGUCCCAACAACGUGGUGGGCCAACCCAAAGGCCAAGGACAAAAGCAGGAGACGGUUGUGGACCGACGCAAGAAGGAGGCCAGCAAGGGCCGCGGGGCCAACCACAACCGCCGCAACAUGGCCGACCGCAAGAGGAACAAAGGCAUGAUCCCCUCCUGAGCGGCAGCACGGCCCGCUGCGAGAGAGACCAAAACACAAGAAUGAUAGACGGAAGGCGGCGGAGGUGUGAGUCAGUGAAGGGGAGGAAAAACUGGGGGCGGGGGGGUUGUUCUGUGUUACAUUUUGAGCCUUUAGUUGUCCCCUCCAUCACACCUCAGCCCCAAAGACGCUGUCUUAGCUCAAAGGAAAAGCCGCCAAAGGUUUUGAGUUGUUGGAAAGUUGUAGUAGUUUACGGACUUCCUUCGGCAGGGCGUUGUGAUCAGAUGCUGUCUGAUGCUCUGCUUUUAGGGUUGGAGCCCAAAGGACUUACAGCUCUUCGGCUCAACUGAUUUUCUUUUUAUAGCUCACUAAAAGCCAAAGUCCUGAGUGUCAGCCAGAGACUGUGGGCAAAGAAUAAGACAUAUUUUUGCCAAGUAACAAAUCAUUUAUUAUUAAGAUACAGAGUGAAAGGCUGAAGUUCCUUUGACAUAAUCAGAUAAACAGAACAUAGGAAUAAAAGGAGGAAGUGUCCAGGGUUAAGGAGAGACUCUCUUCUGUAGCUGGAGGAACAGUUACCUAGUUAGUUGACCUGCUGAAGUCUGGACAUCAGUGCUGCCCUUACUCAUCCUGUGGGAGGAGCUGGCUGCACGCACGUAAUAACAUCUACCCAGUUCACACCACUGUUGUCCAGUCUUCAAAGAAAUAUAGCGAGAGAAAACCCUGGUGUUUUGGAAGCACGUACAGGGGGAACCUCCGACAUGUGACCAUGAUGCAGAGAAUAUUUUCUAUAAAGAGAACAGAUCUAUCGGAGCAUUUUGAAA